AUGUUGAGUAAAGGCUGUGCCAUUAAUAUUUUAUUCGCUAUUCAAAAAAGUCAUUUCAUUCCUUUGAGACAAUAUGCUGAUGGACAAAUAACUUCAUCCAUGUAUUGUAGACUUGUUAAAGAAGGAAAAAUUAGGCAUGACGAUUUCCAAUUUUCGAUUGUCAGACAACUUGAUGUACUUUGUAAAGAGUUACACUCAUACUAUAACAGAAGUCGAUUAUUAUCAGUGAUUAGUAAUCAAAGUGCUCCUAGAGGUAUUUAUCUGUACGGUUCUGUGGGUUGCGGGAAGACUAUGUUAAUGGAUUUGUUUUAUGAGUGCUGUAGUCUCGAUUACAAGUGGAGAACUCACUUCCACUCAUUCAUGUUUGAAGUACAUGGAAGGCUACAUUCUGUUCGUUCAUCUGCUCCAAGAAACAAAAACUCAUUUGAUCCUAUUCCUCCAGUAGCGACAAGUAUCAUUGAUCAAUACAAAUUGUUAUGCUUCGAUGAAUUUCAGGUUACAGAUAUUGCAGAUGCAAUGAUAUUAAAACGAUUAUUUGAGAAUUUAUUUAAUCUUGGCGCUGUUGUUGUUGCCACAUCAAAUCGUUGUCCGGACGAUCUAUACAAAAAUGGGUUACAACGUGUAAACUUUGUACCUUUUAUAGGUCUUCUUAAAGAAAAGUGUCAUAUAGUCAACUUGGAUUCUGGUGUGGAUUACCGUACAAAAAUAAGUGAAACAUUAUUCAAAGAAUCAGAUCUUCCCCUGUAUCUAGAUUAUUCUACUCGAAAUGACGAUAUACAUAAUCAACUUGAAAAAUGGUUUACAAAAUUAACAAUUGAAGAUGGUCAUGUUGGACCACCAGUAGUUGGAACAAUUUCAACAUAUGGGCGUGUAGUUACCUUUAAACAAACUGGUGGAAAUAUUUUAAAAUGUACAUUUGAUGAGUUGUGCAAUGUGCCUUUAGGUGCCGCUGAUUAUAUGAAUUUAACUAAACGUUUUCAUACAAUAAUUUUAUGUGAUGUACCACAAAUGGGAAUGCAUAAUUUACCAAGUUUAAAACGUUUUACACAUUUCAUUGAUGUUCUAUAUGAUACACAUACUCGUCUUAUUAUUGGUGCUAAUUGUUCACUUGAAAAUUUAUUAUUAUUAUCUAAUAAUGAUACAUCUAUUGAAUUACAAUUUCAUCAUCGACAAUUAAUGGAUGAUUUAAAGAUGAAUAUGGAUCAUCCAACUAAUAUGAAAGCAUCAAUAUUUACAGGUGAUGAAGAUUUGUUUGCUUAUUCUAGAACAUUAUCCAGAUUACGUGAAAUGCGUUCAAAAGUAUACUGGGAUCAAAGUGGACCAAAUCGUAAAGUUGACUAA